CUUUUCUCUCAUGUCCAAUCUUUCUCCAUUUCUUACACCAUGGCUCCUCGCGGGAAACCUGACGGCAACACCGGCGGCGGCAAUGGCGGCUCCGAGACUCGCUACCGCGGUGUCAGAAAGAGGCCAUGGGGACGUUACGCAGCUGAGAUCAGAGAUCCUGGAAAGAAGAGCCGUGUUUGGCUAGGCACAUUUGAUACUGCGGAGGAGGCGGCGCGUGCUUACGAUUCCGCCGCACGGGAGUUCCGUGGCGAUAAGGCGAAGACCAACUUUCCUACCUCCACCGAAUUGUCGCUCCCGAUGGUCGCCGUUGGUGGGAAGCCUAAGGCUGUGACUAAAAGCCCUAGCGGUGAGAGCAGCACCGUUGAGUCGGGUAGCUCCGCCGUUCCGAUCGCCGCCGCUCCUCUUCCACCGUCGGCUCUCGAUCUCACCCUGUCGCACUUUCCUGUUGGUUUCCCGAUGGCUCAUUCCUUGUUCCUCUACCAUUCUCAGAUCAACAACACCGUCAAACACAACAACCGUUUGGACAUGUUCAGAUUGGACGGAUCCGUUCUUCCUGCACCCAACCUGACUAUCGCCGCCGGCAACAACGCACAAAGCGACUCCGACUCCUCUUCCGUCGUCAAUUUCAGUCAUCCUACCGAUCGUCCACAACCAGAAAAAACCUUCGCUCUUGAUUUUGAUCUUAAUUUCCCCCCGUCGGAAGUUGCCUGAUGUAAUUUUCUUUUUUUAGCAAUCUCCGGUCCUCCGCCACCCUCCGCCCCUGGUUUCCUUUUUUUCUUUUUUUUUUCAUCGCAGAGCAGAUCAAACCUAGAGAAUUAGAUAAAAAUGAAAAUGUAAUAGGAUUAAAGCAGCCUGAUAAUGUUUCAAUGCGCUGAUAAUGUUAAAUCUUUUCUUCCGUUUGUACAGAUAUCAAAAGAACAACAAACA